UGAAACCUCAAAACGCGGAAGUGUUUCUUGUUUUGACUCUCUCGCCAUGGAUUGAGCUCAAAAUAGCCUUUCGCGCAAUAAUACACGGUCAUAUUCAUCCCGGAGAGAGCGCGAUCUCUUUCGACACGGCUCGACAAUGCUGGGGAAGUCUUCAGGUUAUGAGUAUCAGUGUCUGUCGCAGAGAGAUGGCACUCCUGGACUGUUUUCAUCUCAUUCUGUAUUCACGCACAGUAAUUAUGAUCAGAGAGGACUUUCCUUCGAUUAUGUGCCUAAAGUCUCUCAGAACGACUUCAGAGAUAAAUCUCAAGGAUUGUUGUCCUGGAUUUGCAACUUGAUCGUAACAUUCCUGGUUUUCCUAUUUACCUUCAUAACUUUUCCUGUAUCUGGAUGGUUUGUCCUAAAGGUUGUACCAAACUAUGAGAGGAUUGUUGUUUUUCGUCUGGGCCGGAUCCGUCCUCCUAAAGGUCCAGGAGUGGUUCUGGUUCUGCCCUUGAUUGAUCAGUGGCAAAAAGUUGACCUGCGGACCAGAGCCUUCAGCGUCCCACCAUGCAAGGUCACCACCAAAGACGGUGGUCUGGUGUCGGUUGGAGCGGAUAUCCAGUUCCGGAUCUGGAGUCCGGUGAUGUCCGUGGUGGCGGUGCAGGAUCUGAACGCCUCCACCCGUCUCACCGCACAGAACGCCAUGAUGCAGACCCUGAGCAAAAAGACCCUGAGAGAGAUACAGACCGAGAGAAUCAAACUAGGGGAACAUCUUGGGAUGGACAUGAAUGAGAUGACGAAGCCGUGGGGGCUGGAGGUGGACCGUGUGGAGCUGAUCCUGGAGGGGGUGCUCCGGGAACCGGACGGGGGUCAUGCGGGACCUGUCAUUAUGCCCCCCUCUGUCCCUGGGCUGGAAGGACUCGCCGGACCCAUACAGCAGCUCGCAAUGCACUUCCUGAGCCAGACGGCUGCGUCUCAAUCCAGUCAAGAUUCGGUGAGUUUCGCCGAUGAGCUGCGUUCAGCUCCAGCUGUGAGUGUCAGUCGUGUUGACGGACUGAUGGAUGCGGUUCGAUCGGUGCUGUCAGAGCAGCUGGUUCAUCAGGUGCAAGCAUCGUACUGCUUCCAGAUCACCACUGACUCCGGACACACCAACAGCUACUAUGUGGACCUGACACAAGGUGCUGGAGCGUGUGGAGUGGGCGUCCCGCCACGGGAGCCGGAUGUUUCUCUGUGCAUGAGCGAGCAGGAUCUCUUGGACAUGUUUGAGGGCCGCCUGCGCCCGUUCGCCGCCUACAGCAGCAGCAGACUGAGAGUUCAGGGAGAUCUGAACACUGCUAUGAAGCUAGAGACACUCAUCAAGCUCCUCAAAGCCACAUCAUGUCCUUUAUAAUGCUUUAGUUUGCAGUGGUUUCAUUUCAAUUUAAUCAAAGGCCUUUUGUCAGAUAUUCAAGGUUUACACAAUGAAUGUUUAAUAUAGGAUUUAUUGUACGUUUACUUCAUUUGAUUGUGAAUGCAUAGAGUUUCAUUUGCUGGUGUGUCGUUUAUUUAUAAAAGUUUGGAGUGUCAUGUGACCCAAGCGUUUAAAAUCAUGCAUGUACACAAUAGAUUGUUUAUUCAAAAUCUAAUAAUUACUGACCUGUCUUGACAUUACAGAAAUAUAUUUUCUAAUAGAUUUAUAUAAAGUGAGUCUUGAAUUAUUGCACACACACUUAGCAACAUCCUUGAGGUUUGCGUUUGUAGGCCGAUUCGUUCCCUUGCUCAAGGCUGACUGUCUCUUGACUUUUGACCUCCUUAUAUUUGCUGCCCUUGGACUUACUGCAUGACUGUUUAUACAGAAAACAACACAAGGUUAUUCCACUUUCAGCAUCCCAGUUGAUUUUUUUUUUUUUUUUCACUUGAAUGAGUAGUCAGUACUUUUGCUGCAUAUUUGUAUGAAAAACAGUUAAAAAAUAUAAAUAUUGUAAAAUAUUAUUUAUCAUUUUUAAUAUGCAAUUCCUGUGAUCAAAGCUGAAUUUUGUGAAUUUUCAAGUGAAACUGCAGUCUUCAGUGUCACAUGAUCCUUGUUAAUAUAUUUAUGGACUUAUUGCUUAAUAUUUUUUGGGAUUUUUUUUAUGUAACUAGGUUACAUUUUAUUCAGGAUUGUUUGAUUAAUAGAAAGUCCGGCAUUUAUUUGAUAUUACAAUAUUCUGUAACAUGUCUACUGUUAUUUUCAAUAAAUUUGCAUCCUUGCUGAAUAAAAAUAUUAAUUUAA